AUGUCGCCUCUCCCUCGUGGUGGAAAGCGUCUGGAACUCAUCCAGACGUUACUGAUCGCACUUCCGUCUUUUGUCCUCUUUGGAUACAACCAGUCUGGUCUGGGUGGCUUACUUUCCAUCGAGAGCUGGGUCGAGACGUUCCCGGAAAUUGACACCAUUCACACGAAAGGAGCGCAGAAGUCGACCAACAGCACAGUGCAGGGCACGAUCGUGGCAACGUGCACUCUUGGCGCGCUCUUCGGCGCUCUUGCAUGCGCGUCUAUCGGCGACAUUCUCGGACGACGAAAAACCGUCUUGCUCGCCGCGACACUGACCUUCAUCGGCGAGGUUCUGGAAUGCAGCAGUUUUGGACUCGCACAAUUCACUAUUGGACGUUUUAUUCUCGGCCUGGGUGUGGGUGCUCUGAGCACGACGGUGCCUGUAUGGCAAUCCGAGUGUUCGCGGGCGAAAAAUCGUGGACAACAUGUGGUGAUUGAUGGUCUGUUCAUCACGGUCGGAUUUGUUCUGCAGGCGUGGAUUGAACUGGGCUUCUUUGAGAUCAAGACGGGGAGCUUAUCAUGGCGAAUGCCUUUGGUGAUUCCGGCAAUUAUCAGUUUGGUCUUGAUGGCUUCGGUAUACCUGGUUCCCGAAUCGCCACGCUGGCUCGCCAAAAUCGGCAAGAUGGAUCAGGCUCGAAGCACGCUUUCCCAACUGCGAGACAUGCCUAUCGGCAGCUUCGAAAUCGCUCAUGAAAUGGGUAAUAUUGAGCUUACUCUCGAGGCGACGAAAAGCGCCGCUCGGAAGCGAGACCUCUUCAAGAUGGGCGAGGACAAGGUGUUCUACCGCUUCAUGCUCUGCCUGCUCAUCCAGUUUUUCCAACAGUGGUGUGGGUCAAAUCUGAUUUCUAGCUAUAGCACCACAAUCUUCCAACAAGGCCUCGGUAUGGAUGCAGAGAUGGCUCGGAUCCUUUCCGGGGCAUGUCUGACCUGGAAGUUUCUGAGCUCAUUCGUCGCCUUCUUCACCAUCGAUCGCUUUGGACGCCGCAAGCUCUUCAUGUUUAGCGGAUUCGGCAUGUCCAUGUGCAUGACAGCACUCGCCAUCACCGACAGUUUCCCAGCUUCGAACAAGUCCGCUCAGGUUGGAUCUGUAUUUUUUGUGUUUUUGUUCAAUUUCUUCGUUCCCAUCGGCUUUUUGGGGUGCAACUACCUCUAUGUCACCGAAGUGGCGCCCACGCGCCUCCGAAUGCCAAUGACAUCCUUCUCGACGGCAAACCACUGGCUCUGGAACUUCGCCGUCCUCAUGAUCACCCCCGUGGCAAUCGAAAGCAUCGGCUACAAAUACUACAUUCUCUACGCCAUUCUCGGAGCAUGUAUUCCCAUGCUCGUAUAUUUCAUGUAUCCCGAGACUAUGGGCCGCAGUCUCGAACAAAUGAAUGCGUUGUUCAAAGAGCAUGAUUCGAUUCAAGCGAUUGUGAAGGCUUCGUUGAAGCAACCGGAUCCUGAAAUUGAGAGGUUGGCCGAGGCUGCUGCGAGGAAGGAGUUUGAUGAUGAUUAUUCUCAUCAUCAGAAGAAUGAGAAUGUGGAGUAUGAGAGUUCGAGUUUGGAGAUGGAGAAAGGGGUUUGAGAGGGAGGGAGAGGAAGGGAGAGGUUUUGGUUAUGAGAGAGAGAUAUA